UAGUCGUGCUUCAGUCGAUCACAACAAUUUGUCUACAACAAUAGUCGCUACAAUAUUAUCCAUGAUGUUGAAUUUCAAUCUUUUGAAAAAUUCUUUAAGUUUUUUCGUUCUUUUUGUGGUGGUAAAUGGUCACAACGGAUAUGAUCAUGAUGUUGCGAAAUAUUUUUCCGAACACAAGGUCGUCCCAAAUGUCAUUGCUAUACCGCCCAGAAUUGGCUUAAAGGUGACAUACAAUGAUAAGGAAGUGAAUUUUGGAAACGAACUCACCCCAACAGAAGUCAAAGAUGUUCCUUUAGUUGACUGGACAGCCGAUGCUGAUGCAUUUUACACUUUAAUAAUGACUGACCCAGACGCCCCGUCUCGCAAAGAGCCGACAUUUGGUCAGUGGCUUCACUGGACGGUUGUUAACAUUCCCGGUAAUGAUUUGUCGAAAGGUGACACUCUGGUUGAGUACGUCGGAGCCGGUCCUCCACCAGACACCGACCUUCACAGAUAUGUGUUCUUGGUGUACAAACAGCAACAAAAACAUGAUUUCAAUGAGCCGAUCCUGACCAAUAAAUCUGGUGAAGGUCGUGCCAAAAGAUCGGUAAAAGAUUUCGUCGCGAAGCACGAAUUAGGAGAUGCAAUUGCUGGCAAUUUCUUUCAAGCCAAAUACGAUGAUUAUGUACCCACACUUUACAAGCAACUGGGUAUAUAAUUAAAAUUUAUUGAACGAAAAUUUUUGUAAUUAAUCAUGUUUGCAUGUAAAUGCUAAAAUUUUCAAUAAAUUUGCUGUAAGAAAUGUAAAA